AUGGAUGUUUAUAACCUUCCCAACGUCACCGAUCCUCAUCCACCCGCUGCUCUUGCCCUCCAGCGGGUAACUCCAGUCCUCUCCUACGUCGCCCUCGCUUUUUCUCUGGCCAGUUUCAUCUGGUGGUGCAUACAAGACUACCGCUUCUUCAAAUCGUUGGGAGUCGGAGGUCCCUCUCAUGACAUAUUCGGCUGGUUCAAAGUCCAUAUUCUGGUCAGACCUUUCACGCUCGCCCCUCGGGAUACCACGUGGACGGGAGACUAUCCCGAACAUGGGGCUCACAAGGAGAUUCUGGCGCUGCCAGAUCGAAUGGGUCGGCGGCCAGUCAUCCUUGGCAUCGCUCCUCAAAGACAAUUCAGUCAGUGUCCAGACCAAGAAAUGAAUUCACGCGUACUUGCCUUGUUCUCUUCUUAUGUCCAAAACAACCCGAGCCUGUUGCAACAAAGACUCUCGGUUGUCGAGAAACAUCACUAUGCACUCUUUGUGCAUCCAAGCAUACUUGCCAAGCCAGACAACAUUCCGGAAAUUGCACGCAUCGCCAAUGGCGAACUGGGGCAUAUCCAUGGAGACACUUCGCUGCACCUCUACUUCUCACCAGCAGACGCCAAAAUCCUCAUCGAACGAGGUUGGGCUCAACGGCAUCGAUGUGCCAGGACUCAACCGUGGUGGUUUGGUGGCCUGAGGAACAUGUGGGGCAUAGGAGAUACCUUUCUGAUAGUGUACGCUCCCAGGCACCAGGAUGAACUCGACGUGUUGAGUGUCUUGAUCAAGGCGAGCAUCAUGUUCAUGACAGGCGAGCAGGAUGUCGUCAAGCCGUAA